ACCAGAGUUCUGACCAUGGAAGCCAGCACAGCCACAGUUCUCCUGCUGGCUCUCUGCCCUUGCCUGCUGCUGCUCCUCCGAGGAGGACGAUGGGGCACCAAGGCACGCCUGCCCCCCGGACCUCGGCCCUUGCCAUUCAUUGGCAACCCUCACCUGGAUGCCAAGAACAUGAUCAAGUCCCUGCUGGAGCUCAGCAAGCAGUACGGCUCACUCUUCACCAUCCACAUGGGGUCCCGGCCGGUGGUGGUGCUGUGCGGGUACCAGACGGUGACGGAGGCCCUGGUAGACCAAGGCGAGGAGUUCAGUGGCCGCGGAGACAUGCCGGUCUUGUUCCGAUUCACUCAGGGCAAUGGCGUCGCCUUCUCCAACGGGGAGAAGUGGAAGGUCCUCAGGCGCUUUGCCAUCCAGACCCUGCGGGACUUCGGGAUGGGCAAGCGCAGCAUUGAGGAGCGGAUCCAGGAGGAGGCCCAGUGCCUGGUGAAGGAGAUGGCCAAGAGGACAGGUGCACCCUUUGACCCCACGUUCCUGCUCGGCUGCUCGGUCUCCAACGUGAUCUGCUCCAUCGUCUUCGGAGAUCGGUUCGACUACGAGGACCAGCAUUUCCUGACCUUCAUAGGGCUGAUCAACGACAACUUCCGCCUCUUCAGCUCUCCUUGUGCCCAGAUGUACAACAUUUUCCCCCACAUCAUGUAUUAUCUGCCUGGGCCACACAACCAGAUAUUUGCCAACUUUGAGAAGCUGCGGGCCCUGGUGAAGGAGAUGGCCAAGGCCCACCAGGCCAGCCUGGACCCCAGCUGCCCACGCGAUUUUAUAGACUGCUUCCUCCUGAAGAUGCAGCAGGAGAGGGGGGACCCCCACAGCUUCUUCCACACCGACACUUUGAUCAUGACCACCCACAACCUCUUCUUCGCGGGCACCGAGACCAUCAGCACCACCCUCCGCUACGCCAUCCUCAUCCUCAUGAAGUUCCCCGAAGUUGCUGCCAAGGUGCAGGAGGAGAUCGCCAGGGUCAUUGGCUCUGAGCGCCUCCCUUCCGUGGCUGACCGGACAAGGAUGCCCUACACGGAUGCCAUGAUCCACGAGGUCCAGAGGUUUGCCGACAUCAUCCCCAUGGGCAUCCCCCACGCCCUGACCAAGGACACCCAUUUCCGGGGCUUCUUCUUUCCGGAGGGCACCAACGUCCUGCCUUUCUUCCACUCCGUGCACCAAGACCGCAGCCAGUUCAAGAACCCAGAGAGCUUCGACCCGGGACACUUCCUGGACGAGGAGGGCGCUUUCCGACGCUCCAGCGCCUUCAUGCCCUUCUCUGCUGGGAAGCGGCUGUGCCUGGGCGAGGCCUUGGCGCGCAUGGAGCUCUUCCUCUACCUGACCAGCCUCCUGCAGCGCUUCUCCUUCCAGCCCAGCUGCCCCCGCGACCAGCUCGACCUCUCGCCCAUGAUGAGCGGCAUCGGGAACGUGCCUCGGCCCUACACCUGCCGCCCGAUCGCCCGCUGAUGGGCAGGGGGGGCUCGGGGUGCAGCCUGCCCUCCGGAGGCUCUGCUCUGUCCUUCGGCGGGGACGGGGCUUCCGCUUCAGCUUCUGACUCCGACCCGCCAGGCGGCAACUGGAGCGCGCAGCUCCCAAGCGCCGCCCGGCCCCUUCCCUUCGCCAGCGCCGCCGCCUCUUCUCUGGGCAGCCCCGGACUGCCUGCCGCCCGCCCGCCCGCCGGCGGAGGAAAGUGCCGGUUCUCCGGCCCUGACUCGGAUCCCAGGCAUCGGCUUGCAGGCUGCGGAAUCGGGGAGCUGCCAGCCCCAACGCCCCGUUUGGCGCCUUGACCAUCUCCCCGCGGAAGCUUCGGCCGGGGCUCCUUUUGCACCUGAGACGCUUCCAAGGGGCCCCGAAGGCGAAGAGGAAGAAGAGAACCGGCCGAGUCAACGCCUCCCCCGAGUCCCCUAAGCCAAGGCCGGGACGGUGUCCCUUGGGAGCCCUCGGGGCCUCUUCGGAGGGGGCUUUUCCCAGGCCCCGCGGGGGAGGCCCAAAGGGACAACCAGAAAUAAGUAACGUUAUGAGGCAAAAUUUGAAUUGCACACUGCCAAAGGUUACCCAAGGUGACUCCCAAGUCAGUGGAGGCCACUGGCAGGUUUUUAUCUUAACACACGGCCGUUUUCAGAACCUUGGAGAGAAAGGGGGACAUCCCCCCCCCCACCCCCCUUGGCUCCUGUCCUUGACCCUGGUUUGGGGGGAGAGGUUUGGAGAAAUGGGCUGAGGGCAGUCAAGGGGCCUGGAAUAAUCUUGCUUUUUAAAAGAGAUUCUUCUGCUCUGUUAAUCGAUUUCAGCUGGCUUUUCUCCUUCAGAAUCCUUUGUGAACUGUUUGGAGGGUCUUGGGGGGUUGGGAAGUGGGAUACAAGCAUUCUAAAUAAACGGCUGAGCAAGCAC